AAGCAGUAAGCACGACCAGUUGAAUGCUGGAGCCCGUGCUGGAGCCAACUCGCUGCCACACCGACGAGCAUGAAGACUCAAAGUUAUCCUUGACGUCCUGGCUUGACAGCAAGUCUCUGAACUUGGACAUAACCGGAAAAAUGGAGCUGGAAGAGCUCUACAGGAGGUACAAGGAGAGGCUCAAGAACUCACUCUUCGUCUCUCUUAUGUUCGCCACGUCUAUCUUCUCCGCUAUCCUCCUUAUAUCACUAUGCAUGAAUACCGAGGGAAACAACUGGAACGGGGUGACUCUGGCCGCCCUUGCGAUCGGCGUCCUGGUUCCUCUCGGCCUGGGUACUCUGUCCUGGCUUCUGGGACCUCUAACCGGACCUCCUGGGACGUGUUCAACUGUAAUGGCAUUGGGCACUCUGGCCCCGACCGCUCUGGGUUCGGCCCUUUGUCUCUUUCCGGUCCUGCCGGCGAUAGUCACCUGCUUCCCGCUGCGCCUCGCCACGUCGCUGCCGUUCGGACUCUCUCUCAUAACUGUCCACGUCGGAAUGGCCAUUGGUGUCUCCCAAGCCUAUAAGAUAGCCGCCGAGUUCAUCUUCCUUUUGACCGGCCUCCUCGUCGGAGUCUACUACCGCCGGAUGACCGAAGCAGCCCACAAGGAGACUUUCGCCGGCACGCGGACUUGCAUCGAGUCUCGGGUCAAGCUGGAAUGCGAGAAGGAACAGCAGGAGCAGCUGUUGCUCAGCGUCAUCCCUGCCUAUAUCGCAGUAGAGGUGAAGAGGAGCAUUAUGCUGAAAAUGGCUGAUGCUUGCCAGCAACAGAUCACCAGCAACCAGACACGCUUUCACGAGAUGUACGUUCAGCGGCAUAACAACGUCAGCAUUCUUUAUGCAGAUAUCGUCAACUUCACCCCGUUGUCUGAACAGCUGAGCGCGUCGGACCUCGUGAAGACCCUGAACGAGCUCUUCGGCCGUUUCGACCAAUUGGCCCACGACAACCAGUGCAUGCGGAUCAAAAUCCUAGGCGACUGCUAUUACUGCGUCUCCGGGCUGCCGGUUUCCAGGCCGAACCACGCGUACAACUGCGUCAACAUGGGUCUUCAGAUGAUCGAAGCCAUCAGGUUUGUGCGUGAGGCGACGGGAUUCAACGUCGACAUGAGGAUCGGUGUUCAUACGGGCAACGUACUUUGCGGCGUCCUCGGCUUGAGGAAAUGGCAGUUCGACGUCUGGAGCGACGACGUGACACUGGCCAACCACAUGGAAUCUGGAGGCCUCCCGGGCCGUGUCCACGUGACGAAAGCCACCCUGAUGCAGCUCAACGACAGGUUCAAGUUCGAACCCGGCAACGGCGCCCAGCGCGAUUCUUACCUCUCGGAUCACAAAAUCGACACCUACCUCAUCGUGCCUCCCAGGAUGAAAAGAGAAUAUUACGCCCAACCACAGACUAGAGAGACUGGGAGCAAAAAGGCGGAAGAAAAAGGGCCAUGUGACAGGCGAAGGUCCAGCCUGGGCCUGCCCCUGACAGAGGGUAGCCUCCACCCCACCGGCUCGGUCAGGGCGAGGUCCCCGAGCAAAAUGUCAAAGUACAUCGAAUGCUGGGGAGCUGACAAACCGUUCGCAAACAUAACAGAAUCCACCCUCGCCAAAAACAUUGGCCUCGCGAGUAUAGCCAUGAUAGAAUCAAAUCUACUCCCGAACAAAGGAAGUUGUAUGGAAUUCAGCUGUUGGACGCAGAAAGAUGGAAUGAAUCCGGCGACAUUAUGGUUCCUUGAGAAGAACCACGAACGGCAGUACAGGAUCAAGCCGGAUCCACAGUUCAAGAGUUAUAUUGUGUUCGCGGUUGUCAUAUUUCUCUCGAUAGCCGCUAUUCAGAGCCUGACGGUCCAGAGGGCGAUGCUUCUCUGUCUCGGUUUCAUACCAACACUCCUUGCCCUGCUCCUACUUGUUUACAUCUCUCGGCUGGGGUCGUCGAGUGACAGCACGACUCCAGACAGUUCAAGAAGUGUCUUGGAGCACAGCCGUUGGCUCAGGAUCACAGUUGCAGUCUUUGUCAUCUUGCUCAUUGCCACCUGCGCCAUGAUCACACUUUUAGACGUACAGCCCGAUGUUCCAAAAGAAGUCGAGCUAAGCACAGAACAACUGACCUUCAACAAAACCAACGACAAACGUAUCAUAACACUCCUGGAUGAUGACCUUGUUACAGCAGUACCUUCCUAUUUAUAUAGCAGUAUGCUGUCAUUAGCAGUGGUGUCAGUUUUCUUGAGAAUCGGAUUCAUUCUGAAGCUCUUCCUCAUGAUCAUCGUCGGCGGUGCCCAUUAUGCCAUAUUCACCAAUUCUGAAUUGUUCAGAUCUUAUUUUGAAACUUACAAUGACAGUUUGACUGAAAUGCCCUGGAUGAUGAAAAUUGCUGUUUUCUUAAGUUUUACUGUUGUAAUAUUCCACAUCAUGGACCGACAGGUUGAAUUCACUGCAAGAACGGAGUUCCAAUGGAAGACGAGGCUCAUGGUCGAGCAGGAGGAUGUCGAAACGAUGAGAGGCAUCAACAAGAUCCUUCUUGAGAACAUCCUGCCCGCUCAUGUGGCGCAUUUGUUCUUGACGAAAGGUCCGACUCAGGAGCUUUACCACGAAAGGUACACGUCAAUUGCGGUGAUGUUCGCCUCUAUUCCCAACUACAAAGAGUUCUACGAUGAGAACGAUGUGAACAAACAAGGCUUGGAAUGUCUUCGUCUCUUAAACGAAAUAAUUUGUGAUUUCGACAAGCUACUCCUCAAACCGAAAUUCAGCUGCAUUGAAAAAAUCAAGACAAUAGGAAGCACUUACAUGCUUGCUUCAGGUCUGGAACCUGGUAAAGAAGACGCUGGUGGUAAAGAGGUUAAACAUCAAGGUCAUAGUGUGGUUGCACUAGUUGAAUUCGCUGUCGCCCUAAUGACCAUCCUGGAUCAAAUAAACAAAGAAUCAUUCCAGAGGUUCAAGCUCAGGUUCGGGCUAAACCACGGACCAGUGAUCGCAGGGGUUGUCGGUGCGCAGAAGCCUCAGUAUGACAUUUGGGGCAAUACCGUAAACGUGGCAUCCAGAAUGGACUCGUGCGGUGUUAUUGGAAAAAUCCAGGUGACGGAAGAUACUGCACACAUUCUGAUGGCCAAUGGUUAUGACUGUGAAUGUCGAGGGCCAACAUUUGUGAAAGGCAAAGGCACAUUGAUGACUUACUUUGUCAAAACCCAGUUUGAUGAAAAAUAAUAAUUUAAAAAAUCAACCUAUAAAUUUUUUAGAAAAGUUUUUAUUUUUUAACUUUUAAAUAAGAAUUUCCCCUUGAGAUAUUUAACUGAUGUGUGUAUAUUUAAUAAAAAUUGAGAAAUCGGA